UCGAGGGCUGAAAGAGUGUGUUUAUACAUGUAGGCCUAUGGGAAAGAGACAGCAAGGCAGAGUGUGCGUGUGUGUGUGUGUGUGUGUGUGUGUGUGUGUGUGUGUGUGUGUGUGUGUGUGUGUGUGUGUGUGUGUGUGUCACACACAAAAUCUGAUUUUCAUAACGCAGUAGAAGAGGAAGAGAGAAAGCUGCUGACUAACACAUUAUAAUGAUACUUUGUGUUGUGGAUUUAAAGGCGUUUUGAUUAUCAAACCUCUGGAUUGUAAAGCACAGGACAGAGCCUGGAGUCCUGACAGGCGAGUCGCUAUGCAGUGGUGGAAGAAGUAUUCAGAUCCUUUACUUACUAUUAUGGUACAAGUGAGUACCAUCCAGCCUGUCUCAGCACUGGCUAACCAAUCGCAGUACAACAACUCCAUGGGCUCUCAUGGGCUAGGGUACAAUGAUGUGGAGUUUGUGCUGCUGGGUGUUGCAAUGGCUAUUCUGGUUCUGGCCAUAGUUUUUGGUAACAUGAUGGUGAUUAUAGCCAUCCUGCGCUUCCAGCGGCUCCAGACAGUCACCAACUUUUUCAUUGCCUCGCUGGCUGUGGCUGACCUUAUCAUGGGUUUGGUUGUGGUCCCCUUUGGCUCCCGCCACAUCCUGCUGGGAUACUGGCAGUUUGGAAACUUCAUGUGUGAAUUCUGGACAGCAACUGACGUGCUGUGUGUGACAGCCAGCAUCGAAACCCUGUGUGUGAUUGCUCUGGAUCGCUACCUCGCUAUCACCUCGCCGCUCCGCUACCCUACACUACUCACCAGGGGCCGGGCCUUUGCAGUGGUCCUCGGGGUUUGGGCAGUGGCCUCUCUCAUCUCCUUCCUGCCCAUUCAUCUGAAGUUGUGGGUGUCUGAUAAAGAGGAAGCUCGCAAGUGCACGGAGGAUGAGUCCUGUUGUGAUUUCAACACCAAUAUGGCAUACGCUGUGUCUUCCUCAAUUGUGUCCUUCUACCUGCCGCUGUUGGUGAUGAUUUUCCUGUACACCCGGGUCUUUCAGGAGGCUCAGAAACAGCUGGAGAAGAUCAGAGGGAGGGAGAGGCACUUCUAUAACUUGCAUUACACUGCACAGCUGACUCCUGAUAAUAGUCCAGCAAUAAGUAAACUCAGGGCAGGAACUGAGGUCGGAGAACAAGCAGGAGAGGACAGACUAAACAUGCAGAAAACAGGAGGUAUAGACACUGGUAAGGAGGAAAAGUUUGGAGAGAGUAGAGCAAGGACAGAGAAAGCGGAAGGAAAACACUCUGCAGCAAAGCGUCUUAAGUUCUGUCUGAAGGAGCGCAAGGCUGUAAAAACUCUGGGGAUCAUCAUGGGAACCUUCACGUUGUGUUGGCUACCUUUUUUCAUCCUCAACAUCCUCAUGACCUUCCUCAACUUGGGUGAUAUUAAGCUGCUCUUCAGACUCCUCAACUGGCUAGGAUACUCCAACUCUGCCUUCAACCCGCUUAUCUACUGCCGCAGCCCCGACUUCAGGCACUCCUUUCAGGAGAUUCUCUGUUUGAAGGGCAAAUGGGGGAGGCAGAGAGGGAGGAGAGGAUGGGGAUGGUGCAGGGACAGAGAUUGUACCUCCAGGCCCCCAGUUAGGACGAAUGGGAACUCAGACCUGAAUGGUGUCACGGUGGUGGAUGUUCAGCAGAGCUCAGGGGGGAAGGGCAGUUUGGAGAGCUCUAUUCAGGAUUGCUCACUAACUCUGGCUCCUCUGAAUUCUUGCUGUGAGCAGGUUAUAGAUAUAGCUCCUGGUUCCCUGACAAACUGGCAGGAUAACAGUUCUGCUAAUGGGAGCUGUAAGGAAAGUCUGGCUUCUAUUGCUUGACCUAUUAGGAUAUGAAUUUACAUUGUGUGUGCAUUGUCGUGUUGUUAACAUCAAUUUGAUGUAGCUCAAAAUGUUUGUCUUGGGUUGAGAAUGACUCAACGUUUUGGUCUUUUUUGUGUAUUUCAGUUAAUGUUACUGAGGUUUUACUUGUGGUCACUGUUCCUCUUUGCUGCUGCAGUUUUCUUUAAAACAGCUACACAAGUAAACCAUUUUCAGCAGUAUGUGUCAGCAUUAAAAGUGAACACAAUGCAAAAGUGAAAAAAAUGUACAGCCUUAAAAAUAAUAAUAAUCAGACCAGGAAGACUGCAAAGUUAAACUAAACAGGCUUCACCAAAUUGUUACUUACAUCUGGGCUAUUUUUAGAAGAUGUCUUUUUUAUUUUUGCCCCCCUCUAUUUAUACCAAAUGGAUAAAAGAAAGGUGAUGUUAUAAUGGACUGCUUAUGAAUUAGUUACUACUGAAAUACAGGACAAAUAGGAGUAAAAUAUUUAUACAGUUAACAAGUGAAAAGGUUUUAAUGACUGCUCGAUGAUUACAUUCCAAAAUGCUGCUUUAUUUAAAGCCGUCAAAUAGGAAAAAUCCAGAUGUUGCUUUUGCUUAGUGUAGUAGUAGUGUAGAAAAA